UCACUUCCUAGUGUGGCGUCUGACUCUCUCCGUUCAACACAUGCAGUCCGGCCGGAAGUAGAGCGCAAUCUGUCCGCUGCUCUCACUGGGGAUCCCAGGAGAGGUGUACGAUUUGGGGAAUUGAAAAGUUUGGAUGAUGUUUCGUUUUUCACCGUGUGACUGGACGGAGAAGCUUUGAUUUGCUUUCCCUUCACCUGGAGGCAUAAAGUCUGUGCUGCGGCCGCACAUCGGGCCUACCUGUGCGGACUCGUCCGCACCUCAAGGAAGGAAGGAGGGAGGGCGCGACGCGAGUCGGCACACCUUUUUCCUUAAAGGUUUCUGUCUCUCUCCCUCCCUGUCUUUUUGCUCUGCUGCACUCUUUCUCUCUCUCUCUCUCUCUCUCUCUCUCCCUCCUCUCRCGUUGCAAGCCGGCGGAUAAGGGAUCUAAACGCCGAAAUGUCGACAAACGAAAGAGCUAUCCGAGCUCUUAAAGAGAUUCUGCAAAGGCCGGGAAAUGACGUCUGCGCAGACUGCGGCGCGCUGGAUCCGGGUUGGGGCUCCUGCUCCCUUGGUGUGUUCAUCUGUCUGGACUGCUCUGGAAUCCAUCGCAACAUCCCYGAAAUCUGCAAAGUCAAGUCCCUGAGACUGUCCCACUGGGAGGACCAGGAGGUUCAGUUCAUGGCUGAACAUGGAAAUGAGCUAAUGAAGGCAAAGUAUGAGGCGGAUGUUCCWGUCUACUACUACAAACCAACCCACAAGGACUGUCAAGUGCUGAGAGAGCAGUGGAUCAGAGCGAAGUACGAGAGGAAAGAGUUCUCGAAACCUGGGAAAAGCUUGACGUACGAAUCAGAAACGAGAGAGGGCACGUUGAUGAAAAGGGGGCGGGACAACGGGCAGUUUCUGAGCAGGCGAUUCGUCCUUUCUGAAAGAGAGGGCAAUCUGAAGUACUACACCAAAUAUGACGUAAGCAGCAGUUCAGUGCUGAGAGAGCAGUGGAUCAGAGCGAAGUACGAGAGGAAAGAGUUCUCGAAACCUGGGAAAAGCUUGACGUACGAAUCAGAAACGAGAGAGGGCACGUUGAUGAAAAGGGGGCGGGACAACGGGCAGUUUCUGAGCAGGCGAUUCGUCCUUUCUGAAAGAGAGGGCAAUCUGAAGUACUACACCAAAUAUGACCAAACGGAAGGCUUCAAGAAGCGCUGGUUCACWCUGGAUCAGAGACGGCUGAUGUACUUCAAAGAUCCACUGGAUGCCUUUGCUAAAGGUGAGGUAUUCCUGGGGAACAAUGACAACCAUUACAGUGCUUCUGCCGGCUUACCAUCUGGGACCUCCUGCAACGGCGCUUGGCAAUAUGGCAUCACUAUAGAAACACCUGAGCGCUCCUUCCUGUUUACGUGCGAGACGGAGAGUGACCAACAGGAAUGGCUGAAGCACUUCAAGAAUGUCAUGAACACUCAGAUGUCCCCUCAGGAUUACACAAUGGAGGCCUUGUUAAGGCACCGACACUGACAGACCAGAGGCCUUUUCUCCCCUCAACACCCACCAUCAGUCUGACAGRCACAACACCGACYCUGCUACUUAUCCUAAAAAUGUGGACUUCUGGAUUAAAAGUGAGAACAAAUUUGCCAAAGCAUUGUCUGAUUUAGGGUUAGGGUUACGUUAACUAUUCUUUAAUUUUGAUACCACUUUUUUUUUUUAUUGACCCUUGUAUCGUGAAAGCUUCUCAGCGUAGAACAAAGUUAGUUACGUGUCCCGAGUCAGUCACAAGGACACAUUUUCUAUCUUUAUUAAGUGGUUUACAGCUAAUGGUGAAUAAUAUAAUAAUAAUAAUAAUAAUAACAUGCAACAAUAAACUUGUUGUGUGAAAUUGACACUAAGUAAUUUAAUCCAUAUAAGUAUAUUCUAUCCCUAUCCAUCUCUCUCUCUCUCAAGCUACAAAGCAAGCUGGUUAUUUUUGUAGCUAACUGACUACAAAACUAGCAAUUUUUUUUAGCUAGCUAGCUGACUAUUUUUCUAGCUAACUAGCUAUUUUUCUGGCUAAAUAGAUAUUUUUCUAGCUAACUAGCUUAAAUUAUGUGAUGGUAAAGAUGCUUUUUUCCUAUUGUGUCAGCUAUUUCUGCCCAAGUAUUUAAGUUUUGAAUUUGUAAUUUCUUUUUUACUGCUUGUAAAGUUUUAGUAUAUGCACGGUUAUGGGAAACACUAUGGUCAAAGCUUUAUGGAUACUCAAAUGUUGGAGCUUUUUUUAGCUGUUGUAGUUACAAGGCUUGGUAUUCUGUACAAUACAUUACAGAAAAAGAA